AAAACGCUCCGGAGGAGAGGAGAGAGAGGAUUAAGAAAGGUUGCACGAGGGCGAUCCGAUUUCCCAGCCUUAAAACUGGGGUUCAACCCCCAUUCGUGCGCCCUCAGCCAUUGUACCCUUUUGCACGCCUCCCUAUGUUACUCCCCUCCCUCCGCACUCAACAUCCUUAUAUGCGCUCCGAUCCUUGACAUCACACGAAGUACUAGCACGCUGCCUAACCUGCGAAGGAUAGAUAGCUGAUAGCUACUCGAUGGAGAAGAUGAUUGGGAGGGGGGUGGAGAUGGGGACGGAGGUGGAGAUGUCGCCGGCUGCCAAGGAAGCGGCGGCCGCUGCCAUGUUUAGCCCCUACUCGAGCCCCAGCACGGCCUUCCUGCUGCAGAGGAGAGUUCUUUCCUGGGCGAAGGAGACCGGGUCGCCGGCGACGGUGCGCGUUCGCGUCGCCGACAGGAGCUUCAUUCUGCACAGGGAUCCUCUGGCGUCAAGAAGCAGGUACUUCAGCCAGGCGAUGGAGGAGGUGUCCGGAGACGUCGAGCUGCCGGACAGCUUCCCCGGCGGCUCUGACGCCUUCGAGGUGAUCGGGCUCUUCUGCUACGGCGACUCCGUGGCGCUCGACCCGUUCAACGUGGCGGCGGUGCGCUGCGCGGCCGAGUUCCUGGACGUGGGCGGCCUGGGCGCGCGCUGCGACCUCUACAUCAACCAGGUGGUGCUGCAGAGCUGGGACGACGCGCUCAUCGUCCUGCAGCGCUGCCAGCCCCUCCUCCCCGCCGCCGAGGAGCUCCUCAUCGUCAGCCGCUGCGUCGAGUCGCUGGCCUUCAUGGCGUGCAUGGAGAUCCUCGACCCGGAGCAGCGGCGGGACCAGCCCGGCGUCGACGACGCCGGCGCGCGCGGCCUGGUCGGCCGCCGCUGGGACGCCGAGGUCGUCAAGGAGCUCGCCGCGCGCGACCUCUGGAUCAAGGACCUCAUCGCCCUCCCCUUCGAGUUCUUCAAGCGGAUCGUGCAGGCGCUGCGGCGGCAAGGGAUGAAGGAGAAGUACGUGAGCCCCGUGGUGCUCUUCUACGCCAACAAGUGGGUGCUCUCCAAGAAGACCCACAAGUUCUGGGCGAGCACGGACGAGGCCGGCGACGGCGAGACCGACGCCAACAGGAGGGCCACGGAGAUACUGCAGGGCGUGGUCGACCUGCUCCCGGUGGAGGCGAGCGGCGCCGUCCCGGUGGCCUUCUACUUCGCGCUGCUGUCGCGGUCGCUCGCCCUCGAGCUGAAAGAGGAGAGCCGGACGAGGCUGCGGGACCAGGUAGCGUCCCAGCUGCAGUUCGCCAGCGCGGAUGACCUGCCGCUGCCGGAGCAAGACGCCGACCGGUCCGUCUCCGUCGCCGAUAGCCUGGAGGUGGUGACAAUGGAGAGCAUCGUCUCAAACCACGUCGCCAUGCAAAGACAAGGGGCCGAGGCCGUGGCGGAGUUGUGGGAUCGGUACCUCGUGCAGAUCGUCGCUGAUCCGAAGCUCCGGCCGGAGAGGCUGGCUGAACUGAUCGGCGUCGUUCCGGCCGGCGACCGGAAGACCCACGACCAUCUAUACGAGGCAAUCAACACUUACUUACUGGAGCAUCCCGGGCUGUCCGGCGAGGAGAAGGCGGCGCUGUGCGGGCACCUCGAGUGCCGGAAGCUGUCGCACGAGGCGUGCAUCCAGGCGGUGCAGAACGAGCGGAUGCCGCUCCGGUUCAUCGUGCAGGCGCUGUUCGUGCAGCAGAUGCACACGCACCGCGCCUUCGCGGAGCGCUCCGACUCGUUCCGGUACAUGCUCUCCGGCGAGCUGAUCCCGGGCGUCGCCGGCGCGUACACGCCGAGCCCGGGGUGCCCCGUCCCCACGAGCCAGCCGCUGAGCACCACGAGCCCGUACACGGACGCCCACACCAACGCCGCGCUCGACGGGAAGCUGCGCGCCCGCGGCGACGACGACGCGGCGUCGGACUACGAGACGGCGAGCUUCAGGAUCCAGGCGCUGGAGCAGGAGAUCGUCUCGCUGAAGAAGACCCUGCAGCGGCACAACACCCUGAAAGGAGGCUCGGUUCGCAAGGACAGCAAGGAGCCGAGCUUCAGGGCGGACGCGGCGGCGCCGGUGGCGAUCAGGCGGCGAGCGCCCGCGUCCGGCAGCUGCAUCGGGUCCAUGCGCUGGGGCUCGCAGCGGCGGUGCGCCAGCAGGAUCCUGCGCGUGUUUACGAGACUGGCCGUGUUCGGGCGGAGCAGGUCCCGAGGGAAGCAGAGCAAGUGCAGGGCUGCAGCAGAGCAGCUCAGCUGCUUGUAGACCUGCAGUGCUCUUCCAUUCAGGGCUCAGGAGUCGGGACAGCUUGCCAAAGAAAAAUUAGUCUGAAAGUUUUGAACUUUUUACUUGUGGAAUUGGAAACUGCAGAUGCCACGGUGAAACCUGGCAGCCAUGGAUGUAGUGACUGCUCAUUUGUACAUACUGCUAGCAAUGUUGAAAGGCUUGAAUUGGUAGUUACUGUCAGGUUCAGGUGUUCAUUCAGUGGAACCAGCGCGAGGUGAAGUGGGUACUUCGUCAACAACUGCCAAGAUAUGCAUAGUUUAUCUAUUCAUUUGUUAGGUGAUGUUUACAUCUUUAGGCUUGGCUUGCUGUUGUUGCACCGUGUUGUGUUUAGUUUUACACUUUAGCUACAUGUCAAUUGCCUGAGUUUUAAAUUUUGGUCAGUCGAUUUUGUGGCCGUUGGAUCAUGAUUUGUGA